AGGUGAUAUAUUGAUUAUUGAGAAUUAAUCUCUCAUAUACGACCAUAGACUGAAGAGAAUUGGGCAUCCCGUCCGCUCUGCCAUACACAAGCUUCAGAUCGGUGGAUUAGUAGUUGGGUGGGUGACCACCAGCGAAUCCCCACUGUUGUAUGUUCCUUUUGUCUUUUUUGCCCUGCGAUUUUCCGCUCUCUGAAAAAGAGCGGCUACAUCAUGUCCCAAACGCAGACCAUUCACCAAAGUCCCUCAACCGAGAUCCCCCUUUCCGUACUUAGGACAGAUGCAGUAUCAUCAUCACAAAGUAUCUCACCUCGCCCCCCAUCCGAUUCAUCACCAACUCCCCUUGAAUCAACAUCGAAUUUUACCCUGAUCUUGAGACUUACAUCAUCAAUUCUUGCUUUUUUCACCGCUGGGCUCAAUGAUGGUAGCCUCGGUUCUCUCAUCCCUUACAUAUUGGACACAUAUACGCUUUCCACAUCAUCCAUCGCGUUUCUGUAUCUCUCCUGCUUUCUCGGCUGGGCAUUUGCGGCGAUUAGUAUUCCAUUCCUCCAAACCAAUCUACGUCUGGGCAUUGGUGGGGUACUACUUCUAGGUGCAAGUUUGCAACUUUUGACUCAGUUUAUAAGGAUUUGGGGGCCUCCAUGGCCGUUAUUCGUAGUGAGCUUUGGUUUGGCGGCUCUUGGUCAAGCAUAUCAGGAUGCUCAGGCAAAUACCUACAUAGCCCAGGUUGGUGACAAGGCACAUCGAUGGUUGGGUGUGGUACAUGCGGCGUAUAGUGUGGGAUGUUUGCUUGGCCCAUUGGCUGUAACUGCCGUUGCAACUGCCAAGCCGGUACACUGGAUGGAGAGUUAUGGGGCUUUGGCUGGAGUUGCAGGCCUGAAUGUUUGCUUAGUUGUCUGGGCCUUUGCAAGAGAACUAGUGAUUAAGCCUCUGCAUAAUCAGAAUAAUGAAGAACGAGGUGAAGAAGGUGAACAAAGUGAUCAUGCAAGAAGAGGAAGUGCAAUGUGGAGAGAUGUUGUGGAAAUUCUGGGAGCAAAGAGUGUUUGGGUCAUUAGUUUGUUCUUUUUCUUCCAUUUGGGUAGCAGCAUAACCAUUGGCGGCUGGCUAGUCACUUAUCUCAUUACUCUCGCACCCAACUCAGGAAUUAAAACCACAUCAAUUGGCUACCUUCCCACUCUCUUCUACGCAGGAAACGCACUCGGCCGUCUCUUCCUCAUCGAACCUACUCACCGAUUCGGCGAAAAACCAAUGAUUCUCCUCUAUUCCUUCUUAUGCAUCAUUUUACAAAUCAUUAGCUGGAGACUCGCCAGUCUAAUCGGCAGUGUCGUCAUCGUAUGUUUACUUGGAUUUUUCCUAGGGCCAUUUUUCCCAGCAGCAAUUACGCAUGCUAAAUCACUUCUUCCGUCGAGAAUCAUUACACCUGCCCUGGGUCUAAUGUUUGUAAUUGGUCAAGCCGGUGGAAAUAUAUUCCCAGCUGUGACUGGUAUUUUGGCGGCGAAUUUGGAUGGUGGGGACGGGGGAGGAGCCAGGGUUUUGCAGCCAGUUGUUUUAGGGUUGUUGGGGGGGAUGAUGGGGGCUUGGUGGUUUGUUCCGGGGGUUGUGAGGAGGAGUGAGUAGUUUGGUAUGGUGGUAAAGUUGUUUAGAUUGCUGCGAAAGAUAAUGAACGUACAACAAUACAAGAUUGCGAAUAACCUAUAGCACUUGCUAACCUCGAAUAUCCCCA